AUGCAGCUGGACCAGGCCAUCUCGCUCUGGCGCGGCCGCGCCGCCGACGCCGCGCUGCUGGGCGCCUCGUCGUCGCUCGCCAAGGACAACACGCGCCUGGUGCUCGUGACCUCGGGCGCGGACGUGCGCGAGGUCUGCGCGCAGACGCGCAAGUGCGUCAACCACUGGACGUUCCGCGCUGGCAGCGCGCACGCGCUCAAGGUGCCCGCGGUGCGCCACCCGCACUCGCGCGCGUUCUUCAGCAUCUGCGGGGCGCCCGGCGUGAGCGCCAGCAAGAAGGCGCGCCAGGCGCGUCGCCAGGAGGCCAACAAGACGGCGGCGCUGCCGGCCAACGAGGGACUCGCGGUCUGGCGCGACACGGACCUGGACGUGGCCAAGUGGCGCCGCGCGCCGCUGCAGUCAAGCGCCAAGGCCUUCGCGCUGCUGGCGCACCCACGUCUCAAGGAGGAGGUGCUCGUGGUGUUCCAGGACGGCUCCUUCGCCACGUUCGACGAGGACGCCCACCGCAGUCUGCACAGUGACGAAGCUAAGGACGUCGCCGCUGCGGAGGAUGACGAUGAGGAGGACGACGACGAGCAGGAGGAGACGGUGGUGUGGGCCUACCUCGAGUCGGACCACGUGAGUCCCAUGAAGGGCGGCCUCUUCCUGUCGCUGCUCAUGCAGAAGACCAACCAGAAGGGAGAGAAGCAGUACGAGCUGCUGGUGUAUCAGGUGGACGUGCCGAACAAGCCAAGAAGCCAGGGAGGUGUGCUGGGAGCGGUGCUGCUCGUGCGGCGCCGUGUCAAGCUCCCGGACGAUGUGGAGCUCUCGUCUUGCGCGUUCCACCCGAUCACGUUCUCGUACUCGUUCGUGGGACGCUCUGGCACGUGGUACACGCUACGCUUUGCGCGCGACGCGCUCAGUAACGCGGUGACGCUGGUGGCGUCACAGCAGCUCCCGAGCCUGACGUCGGCGGACGCUGACGCGACCGUCCCGGUGCACAAGAAGCGGAAGCUUCAGGGCUCGUCUUCGGGCUACUUGGUGAGCGGCGUGGGAGGUUACGCCUACCUGGUGAGCGUGGCCAAGGACGCUCCGUCGAAGUACACGGGCUGGGACUCCAAGUUCGCCGUGCCGGUGUCGAACGUUGAGGUUAACUUGGCGGCGGAGAAGGACGCGGACAGUGAAGUGGUGGUGGGCCGCAGCACCAAGGACGGCGUCGGCAAGAUCGUGCAGCUGUUGAGCGUAGGAACGGGUGAUGCUGUGCUUGCCGUCUUCGAGCGUGGCGUCUUCAUGAUGCACAUUCACAACAAGAACUCCACGCUGGCGAGCGUGCUGGGAGCCACGGCGUCAAGUGCCUUGGCCCCCUCCGAAAUUGCAGCGACCCCGGCGCUGCCCAACAGCUCCGUGGAAUGGGGCAAUGUGACAGCUACGAGCAGCGUGAACAACGACACGCUUGAUGCGGAGACCUGGAAGACGAACAUUUGCAGCGACGACGACCGCGAACGUCAGCUCAUUGCGGACCUUUCAGACCCCAAGGUCACUCCUACCGCUGCGGAAUUCUCGAGCCGUCUGAACGAGGCGCUAAAGAAGCAAAAGAAGCGCAAGGCCGACAAUGCACAGGUCGAGGUGGUCUCGUUCCGGUUGCUGCAGACUGUGACCCGACGCUGCUUGGAGUCGACGGACCUGAAGCUGUGGGGUCCUCUGGAGAUCAUGCUGCGCACGAACCGGUUGUCAGCUCGCGCCGAGCCGACGCUGCUCCCCACUCUGAUGCAGCACAACCAGUUCGCUCUGCUGGAGUGCGCUAUCGUGCACCUUAUCGAUAUCGACGAGCGCUCCAUCGUGCGUCUGUUGAAGUAUUUUAUUCGCAAGAGCAGCAACUCAGCUUUCGUCAGAUACUCCACCAAGCAUAUCAAGGCCAAGAACAAAAAUGCUGAUAAGGUUGACGGCAGCGCAGCCUGCGAGCGGUUCGCUGUCGCGCUGUUGGGGCUUCCGACGAACAGCGUGUUCCUACACCGCGCCAUCCGCGAGCUGGAGCUCGAGGAAGUGCUGCUUGUGCUGGCAAUCUGCAAAAAGCUGCUGCUGGUGCACACCACAGGCAACGACGCUGGCGACAAUGAGGAGACCAAGUCGAAGAAGAGCAAGGCCAAGAAGGACACCAGUCUGGCGGUGAUGAAGGAGGAGCGCCGCUUCACUCCGUUGCCUUCAGCCUCGCGUUGCUGCGCGUGGAUCUGCGCGCUGCUGGACGCGCACCUGUCGGCGCUGGUCCAGCGCGCGUCACAGAAUGCCGAGGUCUCGCGUACCCUGCACCAGCUGGAGGACCUCGUACAGCUGCAGCUCCGUGCGAGCGCGCAGUACGAAUUGGUAUACGGCGUGCUGACCAACUUCCUGUCCGGCGUGCAGCUGCCGAAAGCUCCCGGAAUCCCCGACUACAGCAUCGAGGAGCUGCGCCUGUAA